UUUAAACGUCGGUCUAGUCGAGUAACACCACUCACGGAAUGCACUGUUACUGAGUUGUGAUUUUUUUGUUUAGUAUUCCGUGGAAACAUGUCGUUGGUAGUGAAGCCUUUCGAGGGCGAGUACGGUAAAAAAUUUGAUGACUUAGUGGGUGUCAAAAACGCGUUAUACGAGUUCCCCGGAAAAUGCUUGUUACCGCCCUUUUUUGCCUCUGAUGCCAAAAGGAUUAUUGAUGCCCCCGUCAGGGAUGAUGAUGUUUGGCUGAUAAGUUUUCCCAGAACAGGUUCAACAUGGUGUCAAGAAAUGAUCUGGCUUAUAUCAAACAAUUUGGAUUUCGAAACCGCUCAAAAUACCCCCCAACAAUUCAGAGCACCUUUAAUUGAGAUGUCGACAGUUUUGUUCGAGUUCGCGGAAUCCAUAAAAGAUCUACUAUCGACAUCGAACGCCAUAGAUUUUGUGGAGAAUAUGCCUUCGCCUAGGUUUAUCAAAAGUCAUUUACCCUUGCAACUGUUGCCGUAUCAGUUGGAUAAGGUUAAACCUAAGGUUAUUUAUACGUUGAGGAAUCCUAAGGAUAUGUGUGUGUCGUAUUACCAUCACUGUCAGAUGUUUCAUAAUUUGUCCAUGCCUUUUGAGGUUUUUGCCGAUUUUUUUCUCAAUGAUGCACUACCUAUGGGUUCGGUGUGGAACCAUUAUUUAUCCUUCUGGAAUAAACGUCAUGAAACUAACGUCCUAGUGCUUAAAUACGAAGAAAUGAAGAAAAAUAUCAGAGGUACGCUACGUAAAAUUGCCGAUCACUUGGAAAAACCGUUGAGUGACAGUGACAUGGACCGACUCUGUGAGUUUUUAACCGUCAACAAAAUGAGGGAAAAUAAGGGUUGCAACCUACAGGAUUUCAUCGACAAAAAGAACGGGGAAAACUACUACAAACGCACUGGAGAGCAUUUUAUCAGAAAAGGCAUCGUUGGGGAUUGGAAAAAUUACAUGUCCCAUGAAUUGUCUGAAAGAUUUGAUAAAUGGAUUGAGGAGAAUACAAGGGGAACUGAUUUGACCUUCGAGGAAAUUUAAGAUGUUAUGUGUUAUGUUUUGUGUAUUUUUUGUUUUCUACCUCAUAAAUUUGUUUUUGUUUUUUAAUGAAUUGUUUUAUUGUUGUCUAUUUUUUUAAUAAAAGAUUUCUCAUGA